AUGGCCUCCCUCCGUUCGAUCGGCCUCGACCGCAGCAAGCCGGUUCACGGCCACCCCAUCGACCUCUCCUGCUUCCUGGGCGACCACACUUGCCCGAUCAACUUCCUCGCCCAGAAGUGCCUCAUUGGCGCCUGGGCCAGCUUCCUCAACCUGGGCCGCAAAGGCGACGCCGAGUAUCUGCGCCAGCUGGGCAUCUCCAUUUUCGGCGAGGCCGUCUUCACGACCUCAGUCAGCCAGGCCCUCCUCGUGUGCCAGGCGCCUGCUGGCGCUGCUGACGGCUUUGGGCGGAUCGAGGUCUCGAGUAUGAUGGGCUUGCACAUCGCUGAUGAUCGCGAGAUGGGCAAGACCUCGCUGGUGGGCGCGUGGACGUGCUUCUAUCAGCAGCUCAAGCAGGAGGGUAAUGCGGAGACGGUGGAGAAGCUCGGUUUCGAGGUGUACGGCGAGGAGGCUUGGGAGGCCGCUCUCAAGAAGGCGCUGUACCCAGGCGGCGAUCAAGACCAACCCGACGAGCGCAUCGACCUCAAUGCCACCAAGGUCAACGUGGGUACCGAGUCGUCUUUCCGUGUCAACCCAAACAGCGGCAAUGUCGGUCAGGUUCGUGCUCAGUCCUGGGCAUUCGAGGUCUUCGACGACGAGGAUGAAGACAACACCACCACCCCCAACGUCACGAUCAAGAACCCGAGCGCAGCAGCUCCAAACCCAGACUACGGCAGCUACUGCAAGCGCUGUGGUACUUCCAAGGCCAACGGUACGAACGAGGAGGGACUCGGUGAAGAGAAGAUCAAGGUUGGGAAGGUUCAGGACGGCGGAGAUGUUGGAGAGACAUCGCAAGGUAGAAACGCGGUCGGUGAGGACAAGAAGGCUACCGUCCCUACUGGUCGUAUUUGCGACCGCUGCGGUGUUGAAGAUGGGGUUGGAGGCAAGUUUUGGGGAUUCCACGUGCUCGACCCAGGCCACGCCUGA